UCCGCUGGUCGGGCUCGGACGCCGGGGGAGGGGGGAGUGGAAAGAACGAAUGCCUCAUGCCAGCGUCCGGAGGGGCUCUUCUCCUUUACCGAGACGAUUUCUCGGUUCCACCAGCACCCAGAGACCUUUACACAGAGUCCGACUGCCCCGCGUUUCACGGGUCUUUCGGUCCCUCUUACCCGAAGUUCCCCCCCACUUCCGGUCGGGCAGCAAGAAGCGCCGCUCUCCUCCCCUCAGGAGCGCAUGCUGGGAGACAGUUCUAUAACUGUAUAAUGUGACAGCAAGGUGAGGAGAGGACAUCAAGAAAGCAGAAGAUUGGGAGCAAAGAAAAGCAAGAUGAAUGUUCCUGCAAGUAGUUGUGGAAGUCCCAGUUCUGCAGAAAUAGUCAGUGACUUUAAAGAUCUCUGGGCAAAACUGAAGGAAUGUCAUGACAAAGAAGUACAAGCCUUACAGAUCAAAGUAACCAAGCUGAAAAAGGAACGGAUUUUAGAUGCACAAAGAUUGGAAGAGUUUUUUACUAAAAAUCAACAACUGAGAGAACAACAGAAAGCUCUUCAUGAUACCAUUAAGGUUUUGGAAGAUCGGUUAAGAGCAGGGUUGUGCGACCGUUGCGCAGUGACCGAAGAACACAUGAGGAAAAAACAACAAGAAUUUGAAAAUAUUCGACAGCAAAAUCUUAAACUUAUCACUGAACUUAUGAAUGAUAAGAAUGCCUUACAAGAAGAAAACAAAAAACUUUCAGAGCAACUACAUCAGAAAAUUGAAAAGAAACGGCAUCAAGUAGCAGAGCCUGAGGAGGAAAUUAUUCCUGAUUCACCUAUAUUGACUUUCUCAUUUCCUGGCCUUAACCGUUUGCGAAGAAAGAAGGAGAACCCACAUGUCCGAUAUAUAGAGCAAGCAAAUACUGAUUUGGAGCACCCUCUGUGUACAAACGAAUUUGCAAAAGGUCUAAAGUGUUCGACUCAACUGCAGCAAAACCACUAUGAAAAUGAAAUUCUUGUAGCAGACACUUGUGAUCAAACAUUAUCAACUAUGACCAAUACCCAAGAAACCAACAAUUAUCCCAUUGAGAAGUCGUCUUUUAAUUUAGCUGCUGUUGUUGCUGAAACACUCGGACUUGGUGUUCAAGAAGAAUCUGACUCUCAAAGUGCUUUGAAUUCUCUCAGUGAAGACCUGCACCAUCAGCAGGAAGCAGAGCCAAAGAAACAAACUUUUCAAGAACACACAAAAAAUAUUGAAGAAGGUUUAAGAUUUUCAGAUUCUUCUCCAAGGACUCCACCAGAAGUUGACUGGACUGCUCGGGCAUCUUCUCCUGUUUUUGGGGCUGCUUCUACUCUGAAAAAUGGCUUAAGUGUGAACACAAGCUUGUCCCCUUCUCUUUUAGAGGCUGGGAAAAAGUUCCAUCUCAAAACAAACCAUUUUAGCAAUAAUUGUAAUUCUAGGCCACAAAAACCUAGAUCAAAAUCUGAAGACACCAGCCUCAUUACAUGCCUUAAUCUUGGUUCUCAAGCAAACACUGUUAUUGAUCAUUCUUCUUCCAUUAAACAAGUGUUUGUGAGAAAGAAUAUAGAUGAAUCAAUAAGUACAAAAGUUGGGACUGAUACAAAAGAUGAAGAUAUUGAAAAAAAUGAUCUUUUUGUGCCAUUGAAACCGUUGGGAGGCAGAGGAACCAAAAGAAAGAAGGCUGAAGAAGAAAGUGAACAUUGCCCCCCAACCUCUUUUGAUAAAGAAAAUGCUUUUCCUUUCCGAGGAGAUAUUCCUCCUUCUGUCAAUGGAGACUCUGUAAUGGAUAAGCCCCUGGAUCUAUCUGAUCGAUUUUCAGCUAUCCACCGUCAAGAAAAAAGCCAAGGAAAUGAGGUUAUUGGUGCUUAUGAGCCAAUAAAAGUGAAAGGUAGGAUGGGACAUGGAGAUUGUGAACUUGCCUCAGUUCUUCAAUUAAAUCCUUGUAGAGUAACUAAAGCACAAACUUUGCAAGAUGAUCAAGAUAAAUCAGCCUUAGAAAAUAUCCAGUGGAGUAUAGAUCCAGCAGCAGAUCUUUCUCAAUAUAAAAUGGAUAUUACUGUAAUUGAUACAAAGGAUGGUAGUCAAUCAAGAUUAGGUGGUGAGACUAUGGACAUGGAUUGUACGUUGAUUAGUGAAACUGUCCUUUUAAAAAUCAAGAAGCAAGAGCAGAAGGGAGAGAAAAGUCCAAAGCAAGAAAGAAAAAUGAAUGAUAGCUUAGCUGAAUUGUUUGAUCAGACAACACAUGAAGAAUAUGAAUCCUAUUUGGCAAAUUCUUCUCCACUAUGUGAGCAAGAAGAAAAUCUCCAUGUAGAAGAUGAUGAAUUAUCAGUUGCUACAAAGAAACUAAACAGUCAUGAAGAUAUACCUGACAAAGUCAAACAAAAAGCAUUUGUGGAGCCUUACUUUAAAGAUGAUGAAAGAAAGACAUUACAAAAUUUCCCUCAUAUUGAGGUGGUAAGGAAAAAAGAAGAGAGGAGAAAAUUACUUGGACACACAUGUAAAGAAUGUGAAAUUUAUUAUGCAGAUAUUCCAGAAGAAGAAAGAGAAAAGAAGCUAGCCUCCUGUUCAAGACACCGAUUCCGCUAUAUUCCUCCUAAUACACCUGAAAAUUUCUGGGAAGUUGGGUUUCCUUCAACUCAGACUUGUGUUGACAGAGGGUACAUUAAGGAAGACCUUGAUCCUUGUCCACGUCCCAAAAGGCGGCAACCUUACAAUGCAAUGUUUUCUCCAAAAGGCAAAGAACAGAAGACAUAGAUAUUGAGGAAGUUGCAAAAGAUGCCAGAACAAAAUUCCUCAUUUAUUUAUAGUUAAUGUUGGAAUAAAAAACUGAUUUCUUCUUCUCUCGAAUCAGCUACAACCUGAUUUAUAUCUCAUUUAAAUACAACAUAUUUCAGGAAAUAUUAUUUAAAAUAAUUGAGUACAUUUAUUGUGCUUAUGCAUUUUUUCUUGAUUUUGCACCUUUGAAACAAAAUGGGGUGCUUCCAUUUUUGCACUGUAUAACUUAAAGGGGUAGAUUUUAUCCUUUGUUUUUUGUAAUAUCUAAAUAUAAUUAAAAAUUGUGAUAGAAUUCA